AUGGAGGGGAGGACUUUCCCACUCAUCAAUGACGACGUGGCUCCUCCUCUCCCAGAACGCCCCGUCCAGGACGCGGCCGUCUUCAUAGCAGCCGGCAUGCCGCUUGCCAAAGAGAGAAACUCGUCCAGUAAUGCUCGUGGCCCCUUCCGCUCCAAUGUCACCCCACCGACCACCAUCCGCGCUGUCACGCCUGAACCUACCGACGGUACACCGAGCAUGUCGGACACGGGCACUAGCGUUGUGCCGCAGGUCGCCCGCGGCCUUGGGUCCAUGUCAGCCCAGACCUCCCCCAGGUCGAUACCCGGUGCUGGACGCGGCGUGGGCUCGGGAGUGAGCGGUAGCUUACCUACCAGUCGCCGUCAAGGCGUCGUCUUCAACGACUUUGCCGGAUCCCUCGACAGCUCCUCAUCCAGCCCGCCACCGAGACUGGCCUCCCACCGGCCGAGGACACACACAAUGGACGGCGCUUUUCGCCAGCAAGCAACUGUUGCGUUUGAUAGUCGGCAACGCGUCGGCUCCUUCUCCUCAUCAGGCUCGCUCGCUAUGAACGAUGACCUGAGAGGGCCGCCUUUGCAGCUCCCGAUCGAGAUACCGUACGCUGCAACCACCAGAGAUAGGCCGUCGGACCUCCAGAUCCCCGGUUCUAUGACGUCCAAGGAGAGGAAGAAGGCCACCGCUGCAAGAAGUCGACUUGUAAAACGAGCAUCCUCACGCCCUACCUCUCCCUUGAUAUCCCCGCCGCCUUCUGUGGAUUCACUACCCUUGCCAAUUCCCACGGUUAACGCAAACAAGGUACUUCUUCUGAUGAAGACGCUCUGUGGACGAAUGAAAGGCAGCGUCGAAUACCAGGGAGACCCGACCGGUCCCUGGCUCUCCGGGACGUGUUACGUUGAUGAAGAGAAGGGAAUCUUGAUGUUUGACUCGGGCGACAUGGGCCCGUUUCACACUCCCAUUCUUCCCGACCUGCGAGGGUGUCGAGUCUUGCCCGUAGACCGGCUAGACAACGGCGCCCAAUGUCUAGAGGUUGCCAACCUACAACUCGGCAUAGAUGUGCUUCUGCGCCCGCUAGUUGCGGAGGAAUUCGACCUGUGGUUGGCCGCUCUCUUGUGCUGGCAGCAACUGCGUCCGGCUGGGGUGAAGCUAUCGAACGGUCGGGCUGGCAAUGGGCCAGGCCAUGCGCGAACGGAGACCAAGUCUCGAACGUCGUCUUCCGGUGGAAAAGACCGCUCCAUCAUCAAGAUUGGUAGGGUGAUGUUGUGGGACAAGGGUCUUGCCACGUCGCCCCGAGCUAUCAUUAAGCGCCCAUCGACGCGUGAUCUGCGAUCUUCACACACAUCAUGGAGACGGGUGUCUUGCAUGUUGCAAGAUGAUGGGGAAUUCAAGCUUAUGACGGAUAAUGAUGUGACAGUCCUGUCUGUUAUCGAGUUGUCACAGCUCGCCCGAUGCGCCAUCCAACGGCUUGACAAGUCGGUUCUGGACGAGGAGUAUUGCAUUGGCAUCUUCCCCGUCUAUGCAUCCACCUCUACUCAGCUGUCCAUCUUCAGGCCAGUCUACAUUGCAUUGGAUUCGAGGAUAUUAUUCGAGGUCUGGUUUGUCAUUCUCCGGGCCUUCACCGUUCCAUGCGUCUAUCGAAUCGACCAUGAGAACGGAGACCAGGUUUGUGAGGUAACGGAUCUGUCGGCGGAGCCCACCAGCGAUAUUUUCAGAAUGGAGAGGAAGAUGACGGUACGCAUAACCGAGGCGAAGAUCCGAAAGGCUGCUCUAUCACCAGAACUUGGAGUCCAAGACCGCCAUGCCAGGGGAGAUCAGGGUGGAGUGGUUGGCAACUACCUGGCCGAGGUGAUGCUUGACGGGGAAGUCCGCGCGAGGACAACUACGAAGCUCGACACGAAAAACCCAUUCUGGCGGGAGGAGUGUGAAUUCAUCGACCUGCCACCCACCAUUCCUUGCAUCUCCGUAAUACUCAAGAAGGUCGAGGGCAAUUUGGACAACUCGAACCACCCGAUCCAGGCGCCCAUGAGCUUGUUGAAGUCCGGCAGCUACGUCGAGGCUGUAUGUGGAUCUGUUGACAUACCGCUGCACCAGACGGACCGCGACAAAGGCCACGAGCAAUGGCUCACUAUAUACGAUGACAAGCAACAAUCGAUUGGCACGAUGCUCGUCAAGGUUCAAUAUGAGGAGCUGAUCAUACUCUUUUCCAAGGAAUACCAGCCCCUGUCUGAAUUGUUGCACAGCUUCAGCACCGGGUUGACAGCCCAGAUCGCACAAGCGCUCCCUGGGAACCUCAGACGCGUGGCCGAGGUCUUCCUCAACAUCUUCCAAGUGUCUGGCUCAACUACGGAAUGGCUCAUGAAUCUUGUCGAAGAGGAGAUUGACGGGAUAGGCAACAAAGCGUCUCUGAAGAAGCCCCGAUUUAGCACGCGGCUCAAGUCCAACGAAUCGCUCGACUCUGUGAGUGAUCGGGAGCAAAUAGUGCGCGACCUAGGCAAGUCCUUGGCAGGGGAAGCCAACCUGCUGUUCAGGGGCAACUCGCUCCUGACACAGGCUCUGGAGUUCCACCUGCGCCGAUUAGGGAAAGAGUACCUAGAGGAUAUACUUUCAGACAAAAUCCAGGAGAUGAACGAGCUCAACCCGAACUGCGAGGUCGACCCGAGCAAGCUUCAACAUGGCGACGAUCUCCAGCAGCACUGGACAAGGCUCAACAAUUUCACAAACGAGGUGUGGGACUGCAUAUCCUCUUCGGCAGAUCGUGUGCCCCCCGAGCUACGACACAUCCUGAAGUACAUUCGGGCCGUCGCCGAAGACCGCUACGGCGACUUUUUGCGCACCGUGGCCUACACCUCCGUCUCGGGCUUCCUCUUCCUCCGCUUCAUCUGCCCGGCAAUCUUGAAUCCGAAACUUUUUGGCCUGCUUCGCGACCAUCCCCGCCCCGGCGCGCAACGGACGCUCACUCUUAUUGCCAAGGGUCUUCAAGCGCUUGCAAAUCUUUCCACGAUUGGCAAGAAAGAAACUUGGAUGGAGCCCAUGAACCGAUUUCUCAAUACGCAACGACAAUCGCUCAAAGACUACCUCGAUGACAUCUGCGCCAUCCCCAUGGAACGGACGAACGUAAUCCUCCCGGCCAGUUACUCGACGCCCGUGACGAUCCUCGGCAGGCUCUCGCCCGUCGGCCGCGAGGGCUUCCCCUCGCUCCCGUACCUCAUCGACCACGCCCGCAACUUCGCCGCCCUCGUCAAGCUCUGGAUGGACGAGAACUCCAUCUCGAGCGCCAACGCGCACUCGUACGAGGGCGGCGUCCUCGAGUUCCACGCCCUCUGCGCCGAGAUCCAGAAGCGCGCCGACGAGUGCCACGCCCGGAUGGAGGGCCUCCGCCUCGCCGACGCCCCCAGCCUGCCCCAGCUGCCCGAGGUGGACCGCCUGGUCCUGACCGACGCCAUGGAGCAGGUCAGCCUGCACGACGCGCUGAGCGCCACGCCGUCGUCGUUCGGGAGCGUCUCGGCCACGGCACGCAUGGACUACGACGUCGGCGGCAAACUCCGGCCGCCGGGAUCGUCGGGCACGGGCAGCGACAUCGACGUGGCGGGCGGCGGCGGCGGCGGCUUCCACGGCAGCAGCCACCACAACAGCGGCAGCAGCAGCAGGGAGCCGAGGCGCGGGCGCGAGCAGGCGGGCCCGUCGCCGCAGCAGAGGGCGGCGGGCCUCCGCAACGGCAAGCAGGCCAGGAAGUUCCUCAGCGGGUUCAUCCGCAAGUCCAGGACGGCGUCGCCGGACGCCUUGGCGGCGUACUCGGCGUCGGCCACCAGGGAGCGGGACUUCUACUACCCCCUGGAGAGGGACGCGGAUCGGGCAGAGGAGGGCGGCGGGGAUCGGGGGAGGCAGGGGCAGGGGCAGGGGCAGGAGCAGGGACAGGGACGGGGACAGGGACAGGGACAGUAG